AUGGCGGACUUGGUGGUUGGGCUGGCCAAGUCUGUGGUGGAGGGGGCGUUGACCAAGGCUCAGGCGGCCAUUGAGGAGGAGGCGAAACUCCGGCAGAGCGCUCAACGUGACCUGGCGUUCAUCACCGACGAGUUUGAAAUGAUGCACUCUUUCCUCAAGGUGGCUAACCCAGAGCGCGUCGAGAACAAAGUCGUGAUGACCUGGGUGCGGCAGGUCCGCGAGCUGGCCUAUGAUGUUGAAGACUGCAUCGAGUUCGUCAUCCACCUCAACACCAAGACCAUGUGGUGGUGGCGCCUGGUCCCGCUAUGGUGCAUGGCACCGCCCAUGCGGGCGCUGGCACUGGAUGAGGCCGUCGGUCAGAUCGAGCAUCUCAAGGCCAGGGUGGAGGACGUGAGCAGGAGGAACGUGCGCUACAACCUCAUCAGCGACACCGGCUCCAAGCCUGUCGUCGUGCAGCAGCAGGAGUCGCUUCUUGGCGCUGCCGUCGCCGCAACCAAAGUCAACAUGCUCGCUGAGGCAAGGGGCGCCACCAAGAGGAAGCAACGCUUCGGGGAUCUUACCGGAUUGAUCACACGGAACGACAAUGAGCACAGUAAUGACCUUCAAGUGAUCUCGGUGUGGGGGUCAGGCAGCGAUCAUGGGACCACAGCCAUCAUCAGGAAGACCUACUAUCACCAGGGACUGAGCAACAACUUCACCUACCGCGCCUGGGUGAAGCUAAUGCAUCCUUUCAGUCCCCAGGAGUUCGUCAAGGGCUUGAUGUCUCAGUUUUAUGCAAACUCUUGCGAAGAAGAAUACACAAACAUUGGUAUGCAUGUCCUAGCAAGGAUGGAGGUAACUCAGGAAGCACUCUUCUUGGAGUUCAAGCGGCUAGUCGCAGGGAGAUACCUCAUCGUCUUGGAAGGCCUGUCAAAUAUGGUAGAUUGGGAUGUUAUUAGGACGUUCCUUCCUGACAUGAAGAAUGGCAGCUGGAUCAUCGUGUCAACGCAGCAAUCCGAAAUAGCAACCUUGUGCAUCGGGCACUCAUACAAGAUGUUGGAGCUGAGAAAGUUCUCGGACGAGCACUCUGUUUGUGCCCUCUUCAAGGCUUCUCAAGGCGAUGGGGAUAAAAACAAUAAAUCAUUGGGUACUCAUGGGGAUAAAAGAAAGGGCAAAGAACCAAAGGUGGAUGAAGACGAAGAAGAGACCCAAACUAGAGAUGAGAAAAUCAAGUUACUCAAAGAGGAAGCAAUUGAGUGGAAGAAGAAGAAUGAUCCCCUUGUGGGACGUGAGUCGACCGUAAUUGAACUGGCGCAAUAUCCAGCGAGGGCACGUGUCAACUCUCCCCCUGUUAUGGCUGUGUGGGGUAUAGCUGGCGUUGGCAAAACAGCCCUUGUCAAAAAAUUAUUCUAUGACACAGUGCUUUGGGGUCGCAACUAUGAGGAUUAUUAUUGGGUGGAUGUAUCCCAUCCAUUUAAUAUGAGGGACAUGUAUCUCACCUUACUUUCUGAUUUUCAUUCCGAUAAAGACCCAACUGAAGAGUGUCACCGUCUUCUGGAAGGGCAUUGCUUCGUUGUAAUCGAUGACCUCCGGUCAACGAAAGAAUGGGACUUGAUACAGCCUGCCUUGGUAUCUAAAGGUUCAAAAAGCAUUAUCAUUGUCAUUACAACUGAAGAAAGCAUCGCCAAACAUUGCACAAAUAAUGAAGGUCUCGUGUUUAAUGUCAAGGCUCUAGAAGCUGCUGCUGCCUCUAAUCUAUUCAUGAACAAGGUACUCAAGAACAAUUCAUCAUACAGUUUGAAUGUUCAAGAUAUGAAUGUACAGCAACUUGUUCGAAAGUGUGGAGGUAUACCCAAAGUAAUAGCUGCUAUAGCAGGAUCGUUUCUUGCGAUGAAGAAUGAGAAAAACAUGGGCACUGUGAGUACUUUGAAUAGCAGAUUUAUGCACCAUCUGGAGACUGGCCCGGAGUAUGAUAGUCUACAAGACCUUUUUGGUUGGAUGCACUCUUACUUCCGUACUUGUCCUGAUUCCCUCAAGCCAUGUAUCUUCUACCUGUCAAUUUUCCCCCGAGAUCAAAUUAUUCGGCGGAGGCGGCUGGUAAGGCGGUGGAUUGCGGAGGGCUACUCCAGGGACAACCACAAUGAAUCUGCGGAGGAAAACGGGGAGAAGCAUUUCUCUGAACUUCUUGAACUGAGCAUAAUUCAGCAACUAUCAUCACGGUCGCCGUCUUCAGUUAUCAGCACUGCCUUCAAUCUUGGCACAGUUAGUAUGGUUCUGUGCCAGGUGAAUGCUUUCAUUCGGGAGUACAUUGUGUCUCAGCGAAUGGAAGAGAACCUUGUGUUUGAACUGGGUGAACAAUGUGCCUUAACCACCCAACGCACAGGUCGUCACCUUGUCAUAUUGAAGAACUGGGAUAGAGAUAGAAUUGUCUUCAAGAGCAUCGACUUCUCGAGGCUACGGUCACUUACAGUGUUUGGGGAGUGGGAAUCAUUCUUUGUCUCCGGGAAUAUGAAGAUGCUCCGGGUACUUGAUCUUGAGGAUGCAGUUGGUCUAAAUGAUGCUGAUCUCGAGAAGAUUGUGGAGUGCCUACAUCGGCUAAAAUUCCUCUCUCUACGAGGACACAGUGAGAUCCACCAUCUACCAAAUUCUUUGGGUCAUAUGAGGCAGCUCCAGACUCUGGAUGUUAGGGGUACCUCCAUCGUCACCCUUCCUGAAAGCAUCAUCAAGUUACACAACUUGCAGUACAUACGUGCUGGAACCACUUCCGUCCCACAUCUUUCCUCCCGCUGGUGUUGUGGUCACCACCUAGUCGGUGUUCAGGUCCCUAGUAGGAUUGGUAAAUUGACGGCCUUGCACACACUUGGUGUUGUCAACAUUGGUGUUUCAGGCAUAAAGACCAUGGUGAAAGAACUCAAGAAGCUCACCCAGUUGCGGAAGAUUGGAGUUUCCGGUAUCAACAGGAAGAACAACAAAGUGUUUGAUAUAUCAGUUCAUACCCAUUUGGAAUCCUUGUCCCUGCAGCUUGACAAGGACAAUCAAGACGGGUUGGAUGAUAUCACCCUGCCUUGGAAGAACUUAUGGAGUCUUAAAAUGUAUGGGCUUCAAGAUAGGUUGCCAAAAUGGAAGGAGAAUUUCACCAAACUCAAUAAGUUAAACUUGGAGAUGGCCACUUUAGGUAAAAGUGACAUUGAGUUCCUUGCCAAGCUACCAGAACUAUGCAUCCUAUGUCUUUGUGUCAAGCAGCUUCUGGAUGGUAAGCUCCAUUUUUAUGCUGAGUUGUUUGAAGAAGAGCUGCCCACAUACAAAAAGGUCAAGAUCCUCGAGAUUGCUUGCAGCUCAAGCAAGUUGCAUGUAACCUUUGGAUCAAAGUCUAUGCAGAAUCUUGAGCUGCUGAAGGUUAACUGUUCCAGUGCACUAUAUCACCUUACUGGUCUGAAUGGUCUUCCUAAACUUAAGGAAGUCUUGCUUACGGGUACCACUGAUCAAACCAUCAAAACAGACUUUGAGAGGCAGCUUGUCAGCCAUCCAAAGAAACCGGCUGUGAAGCUUGAAGAACUAACACGUUUGUCCUGAAAAGCCAAUGUAUUUGUUUAAUUAGUUGCCU